AUGAGUAGUAGUCCACAAGAGAAAGAUUAUCUUGAUCAAUUGCGGCAUGUAUUUCCGUUGCAACGACAAUUUACACCAAAUGAACGAAUUAUAAUUGUACUUUUUGUUGCUACAUUUGUUUCAAUCGCUGGUUGUACAUUGCUUUGUCUUAUUUGUUCACAAUCUCCUUUACGACGGCGAUAUUAUCGAAAAAAGAAAUUAGAUAAAGAACAACGAAUAUUAAUUGCUCCAUUAUCAAAAAAAAAUACAUUUGUACUUCCAUCAACACCACCAUAUUAUGAAUCAAUUGUUAAAACAGAUGAUAUGAGUAUUUUAAACAAAUGUCAAUAUUUGAAUCCAGGAAGAAAAUUAUCCAAUGGAACAGCAUCGGACACUGAUGGUGGACAAUCGAGUGGUGGUACUGAUUAUGCAUCAUCAUUAAAUGAAAAAAUCACUUGUCCUGAAUCGGCUCGUUCAUCUUUCUCAAAUAAUGAUACACUUGUAGCAACAAUUACUACUUAUCCAUCACCUCCAUAUGCUCAAGUCAAUAUUGAACUUAAUAUUGAUACAACAAAAAAUAUAUUAAUAAUUCAUUUAACAGAUGGUGAACAUUUUUCAGUUCAUCCAGCAUUUGAUGAAGAAGCGGAGUUUUUUAUUCAUAUACAAUUAUUAAAUAAUAAAAUAUUAAAAAAAUUUCAUGAUGCCAGAAAAAAACGUCGAUCAAGUUUGCAAUUAAGUACAUGGAAGAAACAACAAGAAAAAACGACUAAAAAGUUAUCACGAACAUCAUCAGAUACAUUGAUAUGUGAUGAAUACUUACUAUUCGAACUAAAUAUAAAUAAUAUCAAAUCAACAUCUCUUCGUUUUUUACUUUUUUGUAUUGAUCGAUCUGGUAUUCAAGAUUUGAUGUUUGAAGCUGUAAUUCCUUUAAAUUCAUCAAUGAUACCUCAUUAUCAACAAAUAAUUGACUUUAAAGAUUUGCCGGAAAUAACUUUUGGAGAAAUCUUUCUUGGCAUGAGUUAUCUUCCAACUGCUGAAAGAAUUACAAUUAAAGUUGAAAAAUUACGUUAUCUGUGUAAAACAGAAAAAGAUAAAAAAAUCGAUGCUCGGUUAAUAGUAACAUUUUUUCAUCAUGGUCGUCGGUUUUAUCAAAAGAAACUACCGUCUAUUAUUUCUGCUGAAUCACUAACAACAAACAAUAAUAUGCAUGAAAUAAACGAAAUUAUUACGCAAAAUAUUCCGCUAAAUGAUAUUCAAUCAAUAUAUGUACAUUUUGAACUCAUUAUUCGUGUAUUACAUUCAAAAGAUGAAUCAAUAAUAUCUGGUGGUUCAAUACUUCUUGGUGAACAUACACGAUAUGAAAGUGAAUGGCAAACAAUGCUUGAACAGCCUCGACAAGUUCAUCUUGGAUGGUAUCAAUUUUUCGGAUAA